AUGAAGUCUUUUUCGUUGUACCUGCUGUCUACUCUUGUUGUCUCCUCUCAAGCAUUUUGUAUUUAUAAUCACACGCCAGACACAGCUUUCUUUAUGCGUCAAAUGACGAUGAACACUGGUGGAACUUACUCAUCCCGUUUCAAGAACGAGAACUUUCGUCCUGAAGAAAAAGAUUGUUGCUCUUAUACAAAUAGCGAUUGCAACAAAUCAGGUGGCCCUGGAGACAUUAUCACUAUUGCCUUCUUGGGCAAUUACAAUGGUGUAGAUAAUGAUCAUUGGUUUACCGCUACCCUACCCGCAGGUGGUUGGUUAGAUCUCUACGGUGGUGGCAGUACGGGAGAAGCCGUUAGUGUACGGGGUCAUGAAGCAGAUGGCACUCUCUUUACGCCAGAAAUACAAGUAGACGUGAAGGGCAUCUUAUUAACUUAA